GAUGACGACCCGACGAUUCCUUCCUCUGAUUGGGUGAACUUGUAGACGCGUAGUUUGGCAUUUAUAGAAAUGGAGGAGAGAGAAUCGUUGAAGAGACAGAUCGAACUGUUACAAAGUCUCAUCAAUAACCACAAGAGUAUCCAUGGCAACACACCAUCAGGUGCUGGUCAGUGGCGGAAUCCAGUGCCCUCUAGAGGCAGAGGUCAUGGUGCUGAGUUUCCCCAUUCUUUUCCCACUCGGCCGGGGCUGUAUGCACCCCGGCCCGUGGGACACUGGAGGAAGAAGUACUCUCUCAACAACCGGAGUGCCACAGCAUUAAGUGGUGCCACAGAUCCCUCCUCGUCUGGCUCCAGCCUUGGACAAGAGGGUCCCCUAGUGGUGGCACGGCCGCCAACCACAUCUGCAAGCUCUCAGCCUGCCCCCAUCACAAAUACCGAUCAUCCUGCAACUAUAACCAAGGAGCGAAGUAGCCAGGGAAUAAAGGGAAGGUCUCCUGUAGGUACUGCUGGUCUCCCAAAAGCGACAGGACAACCAAGCCUGUCUGCAGUGAGUAAGCCCGGCCUAUCGAGGGCUGCUGCUCCCACAGCUGAAGCUACCCCUUUAAUUAUGGCUCAGCAAGGCCUCAGGCCUGCAGGCACGGUGACAUCCAGUGUCCAGAAACAGGAAGCCCAAAGUGGGCCGAGCUUCAGUGUGCCUUUCCUCCUGGGGACUUCAGGCUCCUUGGCUAAGCCCAAAAUUGGCUCCGCAGCUCCUGCCGCUCCUACUACUCCUCCUCCAGCUCCCUCUGGUCAGCUUCAGCACAAGCUGCCCUCCGGAGCGAAAGCAAAUCCUGGCAGACUGCCUGGCAACCCAGCCCCACUUAAGAGGUCCAAAUUCACCUGGGUGAAGGGGAGCGAGGUGCCGGCCGCCGCCCCCUCCUUUUCAGAAGCUGCCGGGAGCAGAGUGCCAGGCAUCGACAGAAAACCCCCCCGAAGGCCAAGCCUCUCGCCACCACAGUGCCGGCUCACGAGUGCCGGGAAGUACACAUGGGUGUCUGCGGUGGCAGGACGGCAAGCAAGGCCAUCCAAGCGUUUGCAGUCCCCUCGGGGACCAGACAUGCCCGCGAAGAAGCCUAAACCCAGCCCAUCUCAGGCGGCCAAGCCCAGGAGAGGCUCUCUGUCUGGGGCGAGUGCUGUUGCUGCUGCUGCCGCUGCGGCCCAUAGCAGCCGCUACCGCUGGAAGGCGGCGGGCGUGGUGGCUAAGGGCACGAUGGCGAAGGGUGGAGGCUCAGUGUACUGCUGGAAGGCAGCAGGCGCUGUAGCUAAGGGCGCAGUGGCUAAGGGUGGCAGCUCGGCAUACCGCUGGAGCUCAGACAGGACACCACGUGGGACGUCCCCCAUAACGGGCAGUUUCAGACUCAAGAGCCGCAUGAAGAUCAUCCGGGGGAAGCCCUACGGCAGCAGCGUGAGCACAGUUCCGGCUGUGAUGGGCGGCUAUUUCUCAGUGAGGAGGCGGAGUCAGCCGGCUGGGAGGCGGGGCCUGGUCGCUAUCGGGAGGCACAGACUGUGCCGUCUCUCACCGACGGCCUCGCCAGGCCUCUGUAGGGCAGGCCCAUCUUCCCCGACGCUACGCAGCCCCGCUUCCCUGAGAGUCAUCAAGACGCGGUACAAGAUCGUGACCCGUCAAGGGCUCCCUGGAGCCACGCAUAGCCCGUCAUACGGCCCUACUCUCUCCUGGAGGACCAAGAAGGUGCAGUGUGCCAGGACGCUGCUACAAAACAGGCUCCGGACCCCCCCGGGACCCCUCCCUGAUCAAGGUGUGCGUCCGUGGAGGGGGAGGGGCAUGCGCUGGAUCGGAGGGGCGCUGUACCGUGUCUCUGCCAACAAGCUGUGCCGUACGGCGUCCCCGAGCUCCCCCACCAUCAGCCCCCGCCUCAGAAUCGGAAGGAGCCUUGCUCCUCAGGACCUGCCAGCUCACAUCUCCCCCAAUGGCCUGAGCAGAGGCUCUAGCACCAGAUACCUGGCCAGCCGUGCCCUCCAGCGCAGCCGCUCCGUCAUCAGGCACGCCCUGCAGCGGCACCAACGCAGCAAGCAGUACUGCAUGUAUUACAACCGCUUUGGUCGCUGCAGCCGAGGAGAGGGCUGUCCCUACAUCCACGACCCCGACAAAGUGGCCGUAUGCACCAGGUUCUUGCGAGGUACAUGCAAGCAGGCGGACGGCACCUGCCCAUUCUCACACAAGGUGUCCAAAGAGAAGAUGCCGGUCUGCUCCUUUUAUCUGCGAGGCAUCUGCAACAACAGCAGCUGCCCCUACAGCCACGUGUAUGUGUCCCGCAAGGCUGCUAUCUGCCAGGACUUCGUCAGGGGCUACUGCCCUCAGGGGGAGAAGUGUAAGAAGAAGCACACCCUUGUGUGCCCCGAUUUCUCCAGCGCCGACGGCUGCCCCCGCGGCUCCAGGUGCCAGCUGCAGCACCGUCUGCCGUCCAAGCGCCCGGGUCAGCGCCAGACCUCCACACCAGCCAGGCGGAACCACAGAGCGGAGAGCCCUGAAAGGUUAGAGGUGGCUGAAUGCAGCCAGGCAGGUGGGGGGACGCCUGCGGACCCUAACAAGCUGCCAUCAUUCAUCUCCCUAUCCAGCUCCCCGGAAACACCUGAGCCAUCGGAUGCAUCCCCUGCUGAGGGACUGGAGGGCUCUGACAGGUCCUCUUUAACUGCUGUUCCUGAGAGGAAGCUUCAGAUUAAGCCUCGCUUCUAGAACAGUCACGGGGCGUUUCCGGAGAAAGUCAUUCCACAGCUCCUCCUCCAAAUCUUGCUGUGGCUCCUCCCCCUGAUGUGUUAUCCACGCCCCUUUUGACCUUGUUAUUUUACUCUCCUGUGCCAUGACAGGCCUGUUCAACGAAUGAAUUUUAAUUUAUAAACGCUGAAUUAAAAGACAAAUAAAGAUUUUAUUUAUAUAUGCUGUUGAUUAAAA